AUGGCCUCGCAAGUUUCUGUAUCUAGUCCGGCACCGAAACCGAAGAUUGACCUUUCCAAGAAGCUCUCGGAACUUCGUGCGAGUAAAGCCAAGUCUCAGACGUCCUCCCGCGAACCUGCUCCAGUCACCCCGCCUCUCCCUAGUCCUCCGGACCUGUCCUCCCAUCAAUAUGCGCGCCCCGUGCGUCGGAUAUUAUCGAAGCAAGAUCAUGGCCUAUUUCUCUCUUCCUCAACCCACACCUUGAUCCUCGCCUUCAUCUUCGGCCUGUCCGAUUCAGUGCGGGGGCGGGCAACCACGGACAUUGGCAGCCCUUCCCCCAUAAUCAACCAAAUUCAGUCUAUCGUCCUUCAUAUUCGAUCGCUUCUCGAGACACACCCGUCACUUGACCAAGGCGGCUCGCGAUUUGGUAACCCAGCUUUUCGCGAUCUAUUUGACGAUGUCGCAGUACAAAGUGCGGCGUGGCACAAGGACAUACUCGGGUUUCAAGACCAAGCUCUCAUAGAAGAAGCUUCGACCUAUCUGAUCAAUUCGCUUGGGUCGCGCGACCGACUAGAUUACGGUUCAGGCCACGAAUUGAACUUCAUGAUGUGGUUGCUGUGUCUACGACAGGUGCACAUGUUCUCCGCGACGGACUUCCCUGCGAUCGUCUUCCACGUAUAUGUUAGCUACAUGAAUCUCAUGCGUGAUAUCCAGACCACGUACUACCUGGAACCUGCUGGAUCACAUGGAGUGUGGGGUCUCGACGAUUACCAUUUCCUGCCAUUCCUUUUCGGUGCCUCCCAGCUUGUUGCACAUCCCUACAUCACGCCACUGGCAAUCCACAACAUGGUAGUUCUCGAGGAAGAAAGUGACAAUUACAUCUACCUAAAUCAGGUGCGAUGGGUGGAUAGUGUGAAAACAGUGAAGGGAUUACGGUGGCACAGUCCAAUGUUGGAUGACAUAUCAGGAGCCAAGAAUUGGAGCAAAAUCGAGAGUGGUAUGAAAAAGAUGUUUGCCAAGGAGGUUUUGGGCAAGUUACCAAUUAUGCAGCACUUUCUUUUCGGUAGCUUGUUGCCGGCGGCUCCAGGGAUGAGGGAGAUCACGGAUGACAUGGAAGAUGACGAGCACGACGAUGAGCAUGGCCAUGGCCACAACCAUGCCGACCACACAGACUACUUUGGGGACUGCUGCGGAAUCAAGGUACCCAGCACGAUUGCAGCCGGGGCUGAAAUGCGAAAGCGAGGAGGUGGAUCCGGGCUGCGCCCGAUUCCAUUCGAUUAA